AUGGCCUUCAAGCUGCUCUCUUCUUUCGUUGCUCUCGCCGCUGCCCUCCAGGGAGUGAGCACCGCUGCGUUGAACCGUCGUGUGGCCUGCCCCGAUGGUGUCCACACUGCCAGCAACGAGGCGUGCUGCCAGCUCUUCGCCGUCCGCGAGGAUCUGCAGAAGAACUUGUUCGACGGUGCUCAGUGCAACGCCGAGGCGCACGAGUCUCUCCGUCUGACGUUCCACGACGCCAUCGCCAUCUCGCCCGCCCUUGAGGCCCAGGGCACCUUCGGUGGUGGAGGUGCCGACGGUUCGAUCGCGAUCUUCUCGCACAUCGAGACCGCGUUCCACCCUAACAUCGGUCUCGACGAGAUCGUGGAGAAGCAGCGGCCGUUCAUUGAGCGCCACAACCUCGGCGUUGCUGACUUCAUCCAGUUCGCCGGUGCGCUCGGCGCGUCCAACUGCCCCGGAGCUCCCCAGCUCUCCGCCUUCGUCGGCCGCAAGGAUGCGACGCGCCCCGCCCCCGACGGCCUCGUCCCCGAGCCGUUCCACACCCCCGACAUGAUCUUCGACCGCCUCGCGGACGCGUCCCAGGGCGAGUUCGACCCGAUCCUGACGGUCUGGCUCCUGACCGCGCACACCGUUGCCGCGGCCAACGACGUCGACCCGACGAUCCCCGGUUCGCCCUUCGACUCCACCCCCAGCCAGUUCGACUCGCAGUUCUUCCUGGAGACGCAGCUCAAGGGCACCCUCUUCCCUGGAGAUGGCCCCAACCAGGGCGAGGUCGAGUCCCCGAUGCGCGGCGAGUUCCGUCUCCAGUCGGACUUCGCGAUCGCGCGCGACGAGCGCACGGCGUGCGAGUGGCAGUCGUUCGUGAACAACCAGACGAAGGUCCAGCAAAUGUUCCAGUUCGUGUUCCACGACCUUUCGCUGUUCGGCCAGAACAUCACCGACCUCGUCGACUGCACGGAAGUGAUCCCCGUCCCGAAGCCACUCAGGGAGGCGACGCACUUCCCCGCUGGCUUCACCGUCCGCGACAUCGAGCACGCUUGCGCGGAGACUCCCUUCCCCACCCUUCCGACCCAGGCUGGCCCGAGGACCUCCGUUGCCCCCGUCCCCUCUUGA